AUGGUGUUUCAAAGAUGUGAACACAUAUUGAAUGCAUUACAAGCGGCUGAUAUUGAUGCCGAAUUAAUUUCUGGAAACAUGGAACAAACCGAACGAAAUCGGAUUAUGAGACGUCUCAAAAAUUUUCAACUAAAAAUUCUAGUCUCAACAGAUCUGACGGCACGCGGUAUUGAUGCAGAAAAUGUGAAUUGUGUUUUGAAUUUCGGUGCUCCAUUGAGUUCAGAAACUUAUUUGCAUCGAAUUGGACGUGCUGGCAGAUUUGGUGGAUAUGGUAUAGCGAUAACACUGUUAACGUGUGGCAAAGAAGUGAAGCGUUUCAUGAACUUAAUGGAAACAGCGCAUUUGAAAGUGAAAUUAUUGCAUCUAACACAGCAGUAUCCACGCGAUCUUUGUAAUAAUCAAACAUUUUAUGAUUCAUCGUCGUUUUUUAAGCCAGCUAAGAAAAGUGCUGAAGAGGAAACAACGGCGGACAAUGGAACGGAUGUGAAUUCAGCAAAAGAACGAUCGUUGCUGAAUGAUGAAAUUAUCAGUAUGUCCCAACAAGAAGAAGUCAUUUCGAAAUCGGCUUUAAUCUAUUCAGCCAGAAAACUGGAUUGUGAUCCGAAUGAAUUGAGUGAGCAUGGAACACUUUCAGAUGAAAUGUUGCAGAGGGUCCGAAAUUUGGAAAAAAUUCGACAGCAAAAAGCAUUGAAAUUGAACCACGAAGAAGAAGAGUCUCACUCAUAUAACGACGAUCCAAUAGAAUCGGCCACAUCGAACGGAGGAUCAUUUUUGAUCAACACCUGUCCGAACUCCAUCAAAGUUGAGAUGGAAUCUGAAAAACAUGGAUUUGUAAACGGUGAAACAAUUCUGAAAAACGCUAUGAAAUCAUUGAAAAUUGAUAGUGAGGAAACGACAGAAGCAACUCAUUCAAGUUUGAUGGUAUCGAGUGAUUACUCGCGAAACGACCACUGUUCUCCUGGUCAGCAAUCGUCCGCUGCUAUCAAUCCCAUUUUGUCAGUUGUCAGUUCAUCAACCGAGGCACAAGAAUCAGCCGCUGUACGACAACAGCUAGCUGACGAUGGUUUGUCAGGAUCACUGUUAAAUCGACCGAAGUCGAGAUUUAAACGACUUACGAGCUCACGAGCAAAACAACGACAGAUCAUCACAUAUCUGCGUGGUGAACUUUUGAAGAUACGAAACGCUCGAACUGAUAGUGAAUGGUGGAAUUAUGUUUCCGCAAAAUAUGCGUCAUCGAUUCCUCGUGAAAUUUUUGUCGGAAACAAUCAGCAAGUGGUCAGCGUUGUUCAUGCAACACCAUCGACGUCAUUCACUGAAAGUAGUUCAUCGUUGUUGGUUCAGUUUGAGAAAAACAGAGAGAAGGUGAGUCGUCCGAUCUCGACGACUCCAUCAGAAAGGACUGUUUAUCGUCGAGAUGAAAUGCUGAAAAUUCGUAAAAGUCGAUGUGCACAAGAGUGGUCGCUGUGGGCCACACAAAAAUGGAAUACGAAAGAAGAGCCAUUUCAAAUGGACAGAGAAUUACGAGUGCCAUUUGCAGAAAGACUUCGAAUCAGCCGGGAACGAGAGAAGAAGACUCGUAAUGCAUUACGCGCAAAAGAAGAGCACAAAAAAGUGAAACGUACAGAUUUGUUGUAUUCAAGUGCACGAUAUCCAGUUUGUGUUGAAAUGCCGACGACAUUUGAUGAGUACGUUGUUGAUUUUUACAAAUGUGUGAACGAAUUCGAGCAAAAAGAAGUGCAGAAUAAACGCACUGGACCAGUGGUGAGACCGUUAAGAAAGCCACAACAGUACAAUGAAGCAGUCCAUAAUGCAUCAGUGUAUUUGAAAAAUUUGAAGUCUUCAUUUUGGUCUGAGUGGAAUUUGAAAAUGGACAAUAUUAGAGAUCAGUCAACGUCAACAGAAGAAGAUCUGUUGUUGGGAUCGAGAAGAGACACUGUCGUGCAAACAGAUGGUGAAUUCGUUGAAACGACAGCAAAACAGAAUGCAGAUGUUUCGCAUCCUGUGCCAGGCGUAUGUGAUAAAAUGGAUAAGGGGAGUGUUGAUCAUGCUGAGAAUAAUUUUUUCACGACGUCUGAAACGGACCAAAACGUUGAAUGCACCAAAGAGCAGUGUGAUGACGAACAUUUGAAAUUAAUCAACUGCUAUUAUUAUUAUAUGAAUUAUUACACGGAGAGAUAUUUUAAUCAGAGAAAAAAGACGGACUAA